CACAGGUGACGUUCUCCGCCGUCAGCGUUCCAGGCACACAGAGUUCCAGGCACACAGCCGCAGUCGGCCACGCGCGCCUCCGGGAGCGAGGAUGCCGAGGCCGGCGGAAGGCUAAUAUUUACAAGUCCAUGUGACUACAUGUGGGGUGAUGUGGAUUUGGACAUAGUAACUUGCUGAGGAAGAGGCAUGGAUAGGGGCAAUAUAGCUGCCAGCUGGGCAGCGUCAGGUGGUCAGGAGGCUCUUCUGUUAUCUGUCUACCUACAGCCUGGUUUGGGGCAUGGCAGCAGUGAUGCUGUGCACAGCACAAGUGCAAGUGGUGACCCAGGAUGAAAGAGAGCAGCUGAAUACGCCUGCUUCCUUAAGAUGCUCUCUGCAAACUACCUACGAAGUCCUGAUUGUGACAUGGCAGAAAAAGAAAGCUGUAAGCCCAGAAAACGUAGCCACCUUCAGCAACAGCUAUGGGGUGGUGGUCCAGCCUGCCUACAAGGACAAGUUGAACAUUACCGAGCUGGGACUCCAAAACUCAACCAUCACCUUCUGGAAUACCACCCUGGAGGAUGAAGGGUGUUACAUGUGUCUCUUCAAUACCUUUGGUUAUGGGAAGAUCUCAGGAACAGCCUGCCUCACCCUCUAUGUACAGCCCACAGUAUCCCUUCACUACAAAUUCUCUGAAGACCACCUAAACAUCACUUGCUCUGCCACUGCCCGCCCAGCCCCCGUGAUCUCCUGGAAGGUUCCUCGGUCAGGGAUUGAAAAUAGUACAGAGACUGUGUCUCACCCAAAUGGGACCACAUCUGUUACUAGCAUCCUCCAGGUCAAAGACCCUACGAAUCAGGUGGGGAAGGAGGUGAUCUGCCAGGUGCUGCACCUGGGGACUGUGACCGACUUUAAACAAACCUUCAACAAAGGCUAUUGGUUUUCAGUUCCACUAUUGUUAAGCAUUGUUUCCCUGGUAAUUCUUCUGGUCCUGAUCUCAAUCUUACUGUACUGGAAACGUCACCGGAAUCAGGACCGAGGUGAGUCGCCACAGGGUGUUAAAAGAAAAAUGAGAGAAAUUAUAUUUUUAAUGACAAUUUGUGGGUCAUUUGAAGAUAUAAAUAAGGGAAUGGCAACAGUGUGUUUUGUUUGCUGUUUCCAAAAUACAGACAUGUUGAUACUGUUUUAAAAUGCGUCAGGGCAUUCUCUUGCAAUUGGAUAUUAAAUUGAACAUUUCUGUUUUUUGUUUGCUAAGACGACUUAAAAGCUAAUGGAAUCAAACAAUGGUGAUAGAACCAAAGAAAGAAGUCUGGCACUCAUGCAGGAUCCUUUCCACUCAUCAUGAGAAGGACUAUCUCUUCUCCUUUUACAGCACUUCACAGGCCAUCUGCCCAUUUAAGAGGCUGAAAUUGUCCAAUUAUGAUCACUCAUUAAGUAGCACUUUCUGUGUUCUACUCCCAGGAUGCCUCAAACACUAUCAGCAUCAUGCAAGUGAUACAUACUUACAGUAACUGUGUCAUGUCAUUCUGCCUUUUUAGACUAUAAAUUUCUCUUUAUCUUUCACAACUAUCACGACAUCUUAUAUAUACCAGGUGCUCAAUAAAUGUUAAUUUAUUGAAUGAACUGAUUGAGGACAGAGAGAAUUUAAAUUCACUUUCUCCUAUUGUAAAUUUAGUACCUCAUAAAUGCCAAUCUAAGAUACUGUAAGAAAUUAUAAAACGAGAGACACUAUAAAGCAAGAGAAGCGAGUUAGACAAAGAGGAAGAAUGAAAUGUCUGGUUUCUGAAGACAGUGCAUAAUUUAUUGAAGUGAAUACAAAGCUGCAGUUUAUGUUUUGUGUAACGGGAAUUUGCUAGAGUGAUGGGGUAAGGUGGGAGUUUCCUCCAAUUCAGAUGACUGCAGGAUAGGGGACAGGAAAGAAACAAAUGUUGGCUUUCAUUGCUAUUUUAGACUUUGAUUAAAAGUCUCACUCAAAUAUAACCUUUUUUCCUUUCAUUUCAUGUUCUAUAUAAAUGUUUUCUUUCAUUUUAUGUUUAUAUUUUUAUGUUUUUGUUCAUGUUUCAAGUUUUUGACCACUUUAUUUUGCAUAGUCCUCCAGAUUAAUUCUUGUGAAUUUAUAAAACACACAAAAAGCCUUCAGUGUCAGUGGCCCUUUUGCAAAAGUAGGUAAAGGUAUUUGUUCUGUCCUGAAGAGGAGAUUACAGAUCAGUUAAUCUUAUUGCACAUAAUUAUAAGCCCAUAGAACUCAUAAGUGCUCCACAAAAUAAAAUCAAAGGCAGAAGUGUUUGAUUCUACUUUAUCCCAACAUUUUUCUUUUCCAAUUAGGAAACAAGCCCAGAGAGGGAAGUUGACUUUCUUCCGUAAGUUCAUACAGCUUCUUAAGAGCAGGCUAGGACUAAACCAUAGUGCCCUGGCCUCUGCCAAAUGUUCUUCCUGUCAUUACUGAUGCCCUAGUGUCUUGACUUGAAAGAAGCUAUUGUUGUCAAUUGCAUUCACUUAAUCUGUGCAUAAUGGUAAUGCCCUUUUCUUUUGGAAAGUGCCAGCAGAAAAGCAUCAAGUGUUUAAAUUCAUUUUUAAAAGUCCCUGUUGGGCAAAAGUCUUAUAAUGCAAUCUACUCAAGCCACAGGUAAAUUCUACUGGAAAGAUACAUGUAAAAUAAUUACCCUUGUUCAUUAAACAAGUCUUGGAUUUUCUGGGAAAUAUAAUCAUUCAAUGCUAAUAUCUGAUUCUUGAAGCAAAAAGAAUCAGCUUAUUUCUCUGCCCAAGUUUUCCCUCAUUUAUGAAAUAAAUACCUGAACCUAUGUUGACUUUUCCAUUUGUUUUGCUUAUAAAAGAUACCUGAGUCUGGGUAACUCAUAAAGAAAAGAGGUUUAUUUGGCUUCUGAAGGCUAUACAAGAAGCACAGUGCCAACAUCUGCAUCUGGUGAGGGCCUCAACCUGCCUCCACUCAUGGCAGAAGGAAAAGGGGAGCCAGUGUGUGCAGAGAUCAAAUGGCGAGACAGGAAAACAAAAGAGGGUGCUGCAAGGCUCUUUUACCAGCUCUCAUGGAACUAACAGAGAGAGAUCUCACUCACCCCAAGGGCAUUAAUCAGUUCUUAAGGGAUCUGCUGCCUUAAACCCCUCCCACUGGCCCCUACCCCUAACAUUGGGGAUCAGAUUUCAACAUGAGGUUUGUAGGGUCAAGUAUCCAAACUAUAAGAACCAAUUUAGAAUUUUUUUUUUUUUUUUUUUUUUUUGAGACAGAGUCUUGC